AUGUGGAAAUGUGAGGAGGACCCGCUGGGUUACAACGUGCGGCGCGGAGACCGGCCGUUCACCAGCAACGUCAAGAUUGAGCUGCCGGCCCCCUUUGCUGGGGAGGAAAAUCAAAGUUUUCCCUGCUGGGCCAGACAGUAUGAGGUGGCUGUGAAGGCGCUGGUAGGAGGCAAUGCAGGUGACUAUGAUUAUGAACUGGCUAGGAUCUUGCCGACGCGGCUGACCAAGGCUGCCUUCCUUCUCAUGCGGUCUCCCCUCCGGUGUCUCGGGGUGGGUGUGGUGCUGCUGUCUCUGGCUCCCUCCACCCUCACUUUCACCAGCGGCGCCGGCCACGCCUCCUGUGGGGAGAUGAUUCCCGGCCACAUCCGCUCGCAACCCAGAGAGGCGGGACCUGAACACGUCGCCCUGCGCGCAUCCGCCUCUUCUUACCUUCCGGGACAGUUCGUGACAGUGACGGUACGAAGCUCUCGGGACUUCAUGGGCUUCCUGCUUCAGGCCCGCCGCGUGGAAAGCGCCAGGAAGGAGGUCGGGUCCAGGAGCGGGGGCCCAGGGCUGGUGGUGGGCUCCUGGACCUUUGCGCCGCCCGGCACUCACACCCUGCGCUGCCUCUCGGAGGGCGACACCCUCACGCACUCAGACAAACAGCUGAAGAGGAACCUGUCCUUCGUGUGGCGAGCCCCCGAUGCUCCGGCGGGAGACAUCCGGUUCUACAUCACAGUGGUGCAGUCUUACUUUAUAUACUGGGCAGGCAUCCAGUCUGCAGUGGUGCGUGAUGGGAGUUGUGGUCCUCAGACUGGGAGUAACGUCACUGGGGUGGAUGGAGGGAACUAUGCACAACAGGAAGAGGAAGUUACUGCUCUGCAAGGUAAACUUGUAUAAAGCUGAAUGUACAAGCAAUGCAGCUUAAUUCCUUCAGAUACAAGAAGUUUGAUGAAAUAUUUUUAGUAGGGCUGUCAAAAAUAGCGCGUUAACAACGUUAAUUAGUUGUUUAUUGUUAAUUACGUAAUUUUUUUACGCAUGCGCAGUGUGACAAAUUAUUCAGGUUAUUUUUCUGGAAUGAAUUAAACCAAGUCAAAUAUCAAUAAACUGUAUUAUUUAAAAAAUAAUAAUGAUGAUAAUAAUAAUGCUAAUUAUGUAUC